AUGGGUGCCAAAGUGCCGCGGAAUUUCCGGCUGCUAGAGGAGUUGGAGAAGGGCGAGAAAGGCCUCGGUGCAGAGGCAUGUUCGUAUGGGCUGGCUGACAGCGACGACUUGAUGAUGACCAACUGGAAUGGGACGAUCCUGGGGCCUCCUCAUAGCGUCCACGAGAAUCGCAUUUACAGCGUCAACAUCCACUGCGGCGACCAAUAUCCUGAUCUUCCUCCUACGAUUCAGUUCGUGUCCAGGGUGAAUCUGCCUUGUGUCGAUCAAAAGACUGGGAAGGUUGAUCCAUCAAAGCUGCCUUGCUUGGCGAAUUGGAAACGAGACUACACGAUGGAGACAAUCCUGAUCGAGCUGAGAAGAUACAUGGCUCUGCCCCAACACAAGAAACUUCCGCAACCUCAAGAAGGCACCACUUUCUAA